GUAGAAGCUAUUCUUUCGCUCCCAGGUCUCCACUCCCAGCAGCUGGACUAUUGGAAAAAAAAGGAAGAGAAAAAAGGAAAGAAAGGGCAGGCUGACGGGAAAUAACACAACUGAAGAAGUUUCCUGAUCACCCCAGUCUUUUGUGUGAAGUGUCUGUGUGGUAUUUCGCAUACCUGUAAGCAGACUUCUCCCUCAGCUGGAGCUGGAACUGGAGCCAGCGCUUUCCCCACUACCAGGGGGCUUUUAGCCUCGUUUGAUUUGUUUCCUAACCUGCCAGGAUUCCACUCCCACCACUUUUUUGUAUACGGGUCGUGCCUUGCACCAGCUCGCACUCUAAAAUAGGCGGCGUCACUGCAACUGGACUUGAGGGUUGUGACUUGAAAUAUAAGGCCAACUUCUUUCUCUGCUUGAAACUGAAAACAUGUAGAGGCCAAGCAAUGUGGGAGGAAGAGUUCCAGGUACAGGAAGUGGAGAGAACUCUACUAAAAGGGUGGCUUGAAUUAUGGAGAGGGGUUUUCCUCAUCCAUGGAGGAUGUACCGUGGAAAAGGUGCUGGACCUUGGUUUAGUGGAGCAGAUAUGCCACAUGAACGUUGGGCGGGUAGGCCAUAUCCACAGAGCAGCCAAGACUAUCGGUACUCACAGUGGGGCCAGGACCCACCUGACCCUCAAUGGAGACAUCCUAACCCACAAUGGGACCAUCCCAACCCUCGGUGGAGCCAAGACCAGCAGAACUCUCAAUGCUAUCAUGUCCCACAGUGGGAGCACUACUAUCCUGAACAGCCAUCACAGGACUAUGGCUAUGGCUUUGACAACGGCAACUUCCUGCACCGAGGCAGUGGUUCCUACGGAUGUUCACGAGGCAAAUUCUAUGGGAAACGGUCCAGCAGCAGCCACUUUUAUAAAGGCAAGGAUAAUCCCCAUAACUCAUCACGUGUAUUGAUAGAGAUGAAGCAAAAUAAAAAGGGAAAUGAUUCUGAGGUGAAGAAAGAUGAAUCAGCAAUACCCGCGGAGACAAAACAAGCCCAAGAAGAUACUGUAGCUUCAGUGAAAAACACUAAUCCACCCCAGCAAAGUAAAAAGGGAAAUGAUUCUGACGUAAAGAAAGAUAACUCAGCGAUACUGAAGGAGACAAAACAAGCCCAAGAAGAUUCUGUAGCUUUGGUGAAGAAUAGAGAUCCACCCCAGUUCAGUCAGAAGACCAGCAAUGCCAUCACCUCUCCUUCACAGUUCAGUUUUCGUUUGCCUCCUGACUCAACAUGUCAAAUGUGUAAUCCAGCAAAAACAGAAGCAGCUGAGCCGGUCAGUCGGAAGAUCAGCAAAGCCAUCAUCUCUCCUUCACAGUUCAGUUUUUGUUUGCCUCCUGACUCCUUAACAUGCCAAAUGUGCAGUCCAGCAAAGGCAGAAAAGGCUGAGCUGGUCAGUCUGGAUACUGGUCCCAGGACUGAAGACAGGUGCAGAGUGGAAUGCUGCACUCAAGCUGCACAAUCAGAAUUAACUGCAACUCUGGAGAAUCUUAAAAAGGAAGAGGAGAAGAUUGAACUGGACAAGCUGCAGGACAAGGUCACUGAGGUCCAGCCUAGCCAGCCUGCCUCUCUUCUGCCGUCUAAUGCUACUGGAAGCUUUUGUCCUGUGAUAAAGGAAGAGCCUAUGCCAGUCCAACUGGGAACCCCUCAGGCCAUUGAAGCCCAUCGUAGUCCAUCUGUUUCUCUUCCAUGUGCUGAAGCACCUAGUGGAAAACAAGCACCUUCUGCGAUUAUGAAGAGUUUUUGUCCUGUGAUAAAGAAAGAGCCGGUGUUGGUACCAGAAAUCAAACAGGAUAUGGAUAUUGCUUCUUUGACAGAUCCUACACCUGUUACUGAACCAUCUGCUCCUUCACAUGUUGUUGAACCACCAGCUCCUCUUGAGACUAAGGAAGCCCUUGUUUCACUGAAAAGGGAGGAUGAAUUGCUGGAAUCCAGCCAGCCUACAGACCAUUUCAACCAUGUUGUCUCACCACCAACUUUGGAAAUACCAUUCCUCUCUGAGAACGCAGAUGAAUGCCAAUCUGAGGGAAAGGAGGACCUUGAACUGUCCCAAAUGGGAGGCAGCCAUGAGGUUGCAGACUGUCGUCAAGCCCGUGAUGCUGCUGGUUCCUCUGUCCUUCCAGCAGUUCCCAGUGAUAUUCAAUCUGUACCUGUGCUGGUGAGAGGAAAAGAGACUGAGCGGCCUUACAUCUGGGAAUCUGGAUCUUCUCUUCAUGCCCAAAACUUUAACUGGAGUGAUGGUGGCAAAGGAUGGGCACCUGAGGAUUAUCAGGAACCAUCCUGGGGUGUGGACGAGGCUAAAAAGUAUGAUGAUGUUACAGAACCUGACAGAAACUCGGUGCUAUCUCAUUCCUCAUUUCAUUCUCACUACUCUUGUGAUCAAAAUCUGGAUACUGGAAGAGUGCUGGAAUGCCGUUCUUCUUCACCAAAGAGUAAUCAUAGCAGUGAUUCAAAGUAUUAUAGUGCACAAAGAACCACAAAGGAGCCAUGUUUUAAGUGUUUGAGAUCCCCUCUGAGGCAAGUCCACCAGUCGAGAUCCCCUCUGAAGCAAGGCCACCAUUCAAGAUCCCCUCUGAGGCAAGGCCGCCAGUCGAGAUCCCCUCUGAGGCAAGGCUGCCAGUCGAGAUCCCCUCUGAGGCAAGGCUGCCAGUCGAGAUCCCCUCUGAGGCAAGGCCGCCAUUCAAGUUCCCCUCUGAGGCAAGGCCGCCAUUCAAGAUCCCCUCUGAGCCAAAACUGGCAUUUGAGAUCACCUCUGAGGCGAGACCGCAGCUAUUCCUGGGAUUCACAGGGAUCAUCUGGGAGGAGAGAGAACAACCUCUGGACAGGUGAUUGCAAUAAAUGUCACUGUAAGUAUUGUCGAAGUCCAUCCCAAGAGAGGUUCCAGGAGAGAAAGCUUCCUCAUUCUUACUUAACUGAUAAAAGACAUCACAACCAUCACCUCAAAGGAAGCAGCAAACUAUACAGAACAUCUAAUUCCUACUCUCCACAGAACUCCAGGAUGAAAUCACAGACAAGAAAAAGAAAAUCAACACACCAUGAAGGAACAAAAAAAGAGAAAUCAACUUCAGUGAAACAAACGAAGUCUUCCAAGGUAAAGAAGAAAAGUAGAAAUGUCUUAGCCCCUGUAAAUCAUGAUGCUGCUUUAGCUGUUGAAACAUCCAUUACAUCAGAGAUUACAGAACACUUCCAUCCUGUGAACACAGAAGAUUCUGAGUCGGUCCAACUAGCAGCCAGCAGCGAAGACACAGGAUUUCCUCACCAGUCCUGCGCUAGGAAGGAAACUGGCACUUCAGCUCCAUCCAAGACUGUUGAGGAUCCUCGUUCUGUGGCUGUGUUGAGGAGGAGGAACCAGAUUGAACAGGACUAUUUGCAGGUCAUGCUGAAUUUUGCUGUAGUAGCCACUAUGCUGUUGCAGAAGGAGCCCUGCAUGGAGGAGGCGCUAGAAGUAGCACUGCGGGCCAACAUGAGAAGUGUUGGGGACUACUAUGAAAGCAUGCUGAAGAAUUUCAUUGAUGACUAUGACUCAUCUGAGACCCCGUGAAAAGACAAAAUGAGAAGAUCUAGUGGUUAGUGUAGCCCAGGCCUUUUGGAGGACAUCAAUGGGGUGGGAUGUUACAGGAGAUUAUUUUAACUAGCAGUAAAGAAAUGGUAUUAAAGAAGGACUCCUCUAAGAAACAAAGCUACAAAGUGGAUAUGAGAAGCCCCAGAGUUUGGGCCACAGCAGCUACAUUCUAUGAAGGCAAUAGCUGCAAGUCUUGUGACCAUUGUUGCUGAACAAAAGGAUGAGAGGGGAAGUGGAGGAAAGAAGAUCCUUCACUGGUAGAUUCUUGUUGUGGCAGAUUCUUGGAAAGCACUGACUUAAGAGACUGCUGAAGAGGUUAGUCAUUCCUGUGGGAGAGUAAUUGGUAUGGGGGUGUAGUAAACUGGGUUUGGCAUGCUGCCCUGUUGGGGCUAGCAGUUAGGAAGGUUUGGUUUAUGAUCUUGCAUCAAGACUUCCAGUAAUAUGGGUAAUUCUGUGGUUGUGCUCUGCAUCAAGUUCAGACUCUCUCCAUGCAGAACAAAAAUAUAGAAGGAUUCUUGCCCAGUGGAGAAACCCCCUAAUUAAAUUCUUUACAUGUUUCUUAAAGGCAAAUAUGUAAUAUAUAUGUUUUUGCAAAUAAUAAAAUUUGGAAACAA